GAGAAACAUCAAUGAUGAGAGAACCAUUGAUCGGCUGCCUCCUGCAUGCCCCUCAGAGCAGGUCCACGCUCUACCCACUGAGCACACCAGCCAGGGCUCCAGCCCUGCCUUUUGAUGUUUUCAUUUGUUCGCUGAGUGCUGGGCUGCGGCGGGCCUGUCCUGAGUUCUGGGUCCAGCUGUCUGUCCGUCUGCCUCUAGCACUCUCUGCCCUCUUCUCCGGCACAUUGCUGGGGCUGGAGUCUCCCCGGUCGCAGUCCGGGCACACCUCCCCCUCCGCUGUCUGUCUCCGGGCCCUCCGUCAGGCCGGCCGCCCCUCCUCCCGCGCAGCCUGGCCGCCCGCCGGGCACCACGCGUUACUUCCCUGCCGUCCGCGGCGGGGCUCUGGGUCUCCUCCCGGAGUCGGGGAGGAGCAGAGCCGAGCAGGCCCAGCGCGCAGCGGGCAGGACGGACGAGGGCGGGGCGCCCGCCGGGGAGAGCGGAGGGCAGCCCGGGCCGCAGAGCGGGGCGGGGGUCGCUGCGGGUCCCCAGUAGCCAGCGCCCGCCGGGAGGAGGCCGCAGACGGAGGGAGCCGCCGGGCGGGAGCGGGAAGGGGCGCGAGAGGACCGGCGUCGGGCCCCCGUGCCGGCGCCAUGAGGCCGCUGCUCGCCCUGCUGCUCCUGCGCCUGGCGGCCAGCUCGGCUCCGCCCGACGACAACAAGAUCCCCAGCCUGUGCCCGGGGCACCCCGGCCUCCCCGGCUCCCCGGGCCACCACGGCGCCCAGGGCCUGCCCGGCCGCGACGGCAGGGACGGCAGGGACGGCGCGCCCGGGGCGCCCGGAGAGAAAGGCGAGGGCGGGCUGCCGGGAGCGCCGGGGCCGCGCGGGGAGCCCGGGCCGCGCGGAGAGGCGGGUCCCGCGGGUGCGGCGGGGCCGGCGGGGGAGUGCGCGGUGCCCCCGCGCUCCGCCUUCAGCGCCAAACGCACGGAGAGCCGGGAGCCGCCGCCGCCCGACGCGCCGCUGCCCUUCGAGCGGGUGCUGCUGAACGAGCAGGGCCACUACGACGCGGCGUCGGGCAAGUUCACCUGCCGCGUGCCUGGCGUCUACUACUUCGCGGUGCACGCCACCGUCUACCGCGCCAGCCUGCACUUCGACCUGGUCAAGAACGGCGAGUCGGUGGCCUCCUUCUUCCAGUUCUUCGGGGGGUGGCCCAAGCCCGCCUCGCUGUCGGGCGGCGCCAUGGUGAGGCUGGAGCCCGAGGACCAGGUGUGGGUGCAGGUCGGGGUGGGCGACUACAUCGGCAUCUACGCCAGCGUCAAGACGGACAGCACCUUCUCCGGGUUCCUGGUGUACUCCGACUGGCACGGCUCCCCUGUGUUCGCUUGAUGCCCGCGGGCAGUGCGCCUGCUGCUCCCACGCCCAGGGGCGGGGUGUCGCCACGUCCUCGGGGAAGGCUGGCCCCCACAAUGCUGUGAAUGACGAGGGGUGCCUGGGGCGCGCCCGCUGCUGGCAGGGGUGGGGACAGGCUGCCUGAGUCAGGGCCUCGGCCUCGGCCUCGGCCCGGCACCGGCACCGGCACCGGCACCGGUGGUUCUGCCCAAGACCCAGGGAGUGCGCUGAGCUGGCAGGUGGGGUGCUCUCUCCCUGGGACUCUGCUUCCCUCCUUCUCCCUGCCCCCUUCCGCUUCUGGCCCUUUCCGUGGAGGCCACUCAAUAAAUCCACAUACCGCUC